AACCAACCAAACCAUCCUUACCAAAUCAGGCCGAGCCGCCGCACACGAGCGGAGCGUGCGAAAUCGGAAGCGCGAAAACCCUCCCGAGGGAUUCCCUCCCGCGGCGCGCGAAGCGAACCCCCCCACGGGCAGCACUCGCAAGCCACGGCGGGAGAGCCGCCGCCGCACUCCGGAGCUCCGCCAGCCCUCGAUUCGGGCGGGUUUCUCAAGGAAUCUGCGGGUUCUGCGGCGGGAUUUGGCGGGGCCUCGUGUUCUGGUGGACGAGACGAUGGUUGGGUUCGCGGGGAAGAGGAAGGAACUGGAGCAGGUGGUUGACGGCCUCUCCGACUUCUCCCUCUCCGGCCCCGCCGCCAAGAGCCGCAGAUUGGAUCCUGGGCUCCCACCUAUUAUGGAAGAAGAACCACCAGCUCCUUCCAUGGCAUUUCAGAUGCUGGGAGAGAAAAUCAAUGGUGUUAACAUGCCCAGUGUAGAAGUCAUGAUGGAAGGUGUAACGUCACAUCAUGUGCCUAGUGAGGACAUGGCACUUGUUUUAUACAAACCGGUGGAUAACCCUGGCAUUUCAAGCUCAUCAUUCAUAGUCAGUUCAGACUUGAUACGUGGUUUAAAGAGCCAUGCUUUCAAUCAAGUGAACUAUCAUGAGCUGGAGGACGAAUCUCCGGAGCGUAGCAACAGCUUGGCUCUAGUUCCUUGGAAACCACCACAAAUGCCUGUAAGAUCUGACUGGGUUGCUGCUGAGCCAGAGAGCACGCAAAAUUUUGAAGUGCCUAUGGAGGCCGAUGAGACUGAAGUAACUUCUAUGGAUUUUGAGGAAGCGCCUGAACCAACUUCCGGGGGUUUCGAUGCUGAGAACGUUCACCAGUGGCAACAUUGCAUGACCCCGCCGUCAUUACCAAAUCCAUCAGCCCAUGUUAUGUGGUCAAGGUGACAAGAACCGGGAGGCCCUGUAUACUGUGUAUUAAGAAAUCCUCUAAUAGGCUUCCAGGAGCUGUGUAGGAAAAUUGAGUAUGAAAUUGAGUAUGCGUAGCAUGAUACUUCAGGGCAUAUGCUGAUCUUCCCGGUUAAUGUUAGUGUCGGUUGACUACUUGUUACAGGAGAACCUUGUUAGGUUGACAUCUAAUUAAUUGGUGUAACACGUUGGGCUUAGCAUCUCCUGAGCUAAAGCUUUUGAUAUCAUUUUCUGAUCUAGCAAAGCUUUUUAUGGCA